ACUGGUAAAAAGAUCUCGAAAUACAAUGUCUGAUAAACCUACUCCUCCAAAGCUUCCUGAAGGUUGGAUUGCCCAAUGGGACGAGGAAUACAAAUGUUACUUUUAUGUUAACACCCAAACUGGUCAAUCUCAAUGGGAGGUCCCUACAGAGCCUGUUGGUGCAAACGCAACUGGUGCUUCUGGUUCAUCGGCCGAGUUUUACAACAGUUCUCCCCAAUCUCAACAGCAAUACGUUCCUCCUCAAGAAACGCAACAGGGUGAGGGUUCUGGUGAUCGAGGUUUGGUUGGCAGUUUGGUAAGUGCUGGAAUGAGCUCUGGCGGUGGUGGUGGAUAUGGAGGGGGCUACGGUGGAAGUGGUGGUGGUCUGUCUGGUGGUGCUGGUUUAGUUGGUUCUUUGAUUAAACAUGCCAUCAAAGGUAAAUCACAUGGCUCUUCUGGCUAUGGAGGCUCCUCUGGUUUCGGAGGUAUGGGAGGCUCCUCUGGUUUAGGAGGUUUAGGAGGUUUAGGAGGAUCUGGUUACAGCAGACCUUCUGGACGCCCUAGUAUGGGUGGUGGAAUGGGUGGUGGAAUGGGUGGUGGAAUGGGUGGUGGAAUGGGUGCUCUCGGUGGCAUGGCUCUAGGAAGCAUGAUGGGCCUGGGUGGUGGUCACCAUGGAGGUGGUCACCAUGGAGGUGGACAUCAUGGAGGUGGAAACUAUUCCGGUGGCUUUGGUAACGAUUUUAUGGGUGGCGGAGGUCGCCACCACCACGGUGGCGGAGGUGGUUUUAGUGACUUUGGCGGAAGUGGUUUUGGUGACUUUGGCGGAGGUCAUAGUGGACAUCAUGGGGGCCAUCACGGACACCAUGGUGGAGGCGGACGUUGGUGAUGUUUCCACCAUUAUGCAUUUUUCUAUUUCAUUUCCUCUUUCUUCUUUGGUUUGUAAUUUAAAUUCAGUUACUCAAUACAAAUUCGUGGAGUAUAGCUUA